AUGGAUAGAGACUACGGGUUCCUGAACACGGUGUUCCAUAACAUCACGGACACCCACGUGGCGCACCAUCUGUUCUCGAUGAUGCCUCACUACCAUGCAAUGGAGGCUACCAAGGCCAUCAAGCCGAUUCUGGGCGAGUAUUAUCAGUUCGACGGGACCCCGUUUAUUAAAGCGAUGUGGAGGGAGGCGAAGGAGUGUGUUUAUAUUGAGCCGGAUGAAAGCGACCAGACAAAAGGUGUGUUCUGGUACAACAACAAGCUGUGA